AUGCCUUCCAUUCAGCAACCCCCCGCGCUCAAACUCGACACCAAGAUGGAUGCGCCCAACGCAGAGCUCCUCACCGCAUUCGCCUCACUUUUCUCCUCGGGGAAAUACUCAGACCUCACUGUGCAAUGCGGCGAGAGAAGCUGGGCGGUCCACAAGGCGGUCAUCUGCUCGCGGUCAGAAUUCUUUGACGGAGCAUGCAGCCUUCCGUUCAAGGAGUCGUCGACAGGGGUCAUCGACCUCAGUGAAGACGACCCUGAGGCGGUGGAGCACAUGAUUAACUACUUCUACCACCUCGACUACCUUUCGAAAUCGCCGAAGUCGCGGCGAGCAACACAGCCGUCGUCUCCGGCGUCCGGGCCUCGCGCGCGGGCCCAGCAGCUCAGCGCCAACGCGGCGGUACGAAUGCCGGGGAAGCUGGACCUGGCCCUGGUCGAAGAUCCGCUGCUAGCGCAGGCGCACGCGCAAUCCGUGCCCAGUGCGAUCAGCGCGACCGAGAUCCCGUCGAACGCUCCCGCGUCACCGCUGCUCACCCCGCCCCACACUAAUGACCGCAUCGACUACUUUUCCUCCAUCGACGCGAAGCUGCCCCUGUCGCCCGUCGAUGCCCAGGGUCUUGACGACGAUCGCCUGGACUACAGCUCGUACGAGAGUGAGAGCGAAGAUGAGGCCGGCUCAGACGACGCGCCCUCGCACCUCAUCGCUCACGCCAAAGUCUACGCCAUCGCUGAAAAAUACGCCAUCACCGGCCUCAAAUCCCUCGCCCGCCGCAAGUACGCAGGCCAGCUGUUCGACGACAACCAUUGGUCCUCGCGGACCGCCGACUUCGCCGAGUCGAUGAUCGAGGUCUACGAGAGCACCGUGGACACGGACCGCGGCCUCCGCGACCUCGUCAUCCAAGCCUUCCGCGAGCACCCCGAGCUCGCCCGCAGCAAGGACGUCGAGCUAGUCGUGCGAGACACCCCCGGCGCCGCCUGGGAGCUGUUCAGGCUCGGCUGGGGCCUGCCAAUCUGCUAG